AUGGUCAAUAUUCACGACUUCUUCAAGAACCAACAGGGGAAGGCUGGAACUAAACGUAAAGCAGAGGAGACGAAGUCACCAAAUGCGAAAAAGUCCAAGGCAACGGCAUCAACAACAAAGAAAAAUCCAGAGGUGAUUGAAAUAGACGACGACUUUGAAUUUGAUGAUGACGAUGAUGAUGAUGUCAUUGAGAUUGAAGCUCCGAAAAAGGCAAGCCCCAAAAAGAAGCAACCUCAAGCAUCACCCAAGAAACCCCACCCACCUCCGCCAAAGCAUUCAACGACUCAACCAGGAACUAAUUCGAGCAAGAAACCCACUGGAGGUGAAUCCAUCGACGACGUGCUUGCGAAGAUUCCCAAUGCGGACUUACCGGAGGUGAAUGAUGGCGACAAACCAAAUUUCUUUGCUCUUAAAGCUCAGCAAAACGUGACUUCCACAACACUGGUGGACUUACCUGCUGCCCAAACCAAUUGUCUAACAGGAUUGACAAUUGUGUUUACAGGUCAAAUGCCCUCCUUGGAUCGAAAUACUGCUGAGCUGACUGCUCAGCAAUACGGUGCAAAAGUCACCAAGUCGAUAUCGAAAAAGACAAGCUUGGUUGUGAUUGGAGCUGAUGCUGGUCCUUCAAAAGUGAAAAAGAUUAAAGAAUUCAAAAUCAAAGCGAUAGAUGAGGAUGGGUUUAUUCAAUUAUUGGCAAGUAUGCCAGCCGAUGGUGGUAGUGGUGAAGCAGCUUUAAAAGCCAAGGAAAAGAGGGAACAAGAAGAGAGAAAGAUUGUAGAAGAAGCAGAAAAAGCCGAGAGGCAGGAAAGAGAAGAGGAAGAGAGAAGAGCCAAAAGGGCAGCUCAAGCUACAUCAAGUCAAAAAGCCUCCAAUGGACCUUUACAGCUGCCGCCAGCAACACAAGAUGUUCCAGCCAAGGAUAAGUUAUGGACAGACAAACAUGCACCAAAAGAUUUCAACCAACUAUGCGGAAAUAAAGGACAAGUACAGAGAUUGCGCAACUGGUUGGAGCAUUGGUUUGAAAAUAAGGCCAAGAAUUUUCCCGGAGGUCCAGAAAACCCCGGAUCUUUUAGAGCCGCGUUAAUUAGCGGUCCUCCAGGGAUAGGUAAAACCACGGCUGCUCAUAUGGUGGCAAACUCUUUGGGCUUUGAUGUGUUGGAAAAAAACGCAUCCGAUGUUCGUUCCAAAUCCUUGUUGAAUGCAAAUAUCAAAUCGGUGUUGAACAAUACUUCAGUUAUCGGGUUUUUCAAACAUCGUGAUGAUGAGGAGCAAAAUGCAAACAACAAGAAGCUAUGCUUGAUUAUGGAUGAGGUUGAUGGUAUGUCUAGCGGAGAUCAUGGUGGAGCCGGGGCCUUGUCGCAAUUUUGUCGAAUCACAAACAUGCCGAUGAUUUUGAUUUGUAAUGAUAAGUCAUUGCCAAAAAUGAGAACUUUUGAUAGAGUGACGUACGACUUGCCAUUCCGCAGGCCAACAGAAAAUGAAGUCAAGAGUAGAUUGAUGACUAUUGCUUUACGUGAAGGGAUCAAGUUGGAUCCUAGUAUUAUUGGUCAGUUGGUUCAGGCGACAUCCAAUGAUAUCCGGCAAAUGAUAAACUUGCUUUCCACUGUGUCAAAAACACAAAAACUCAUUGGUGCAAACAACGUCAAGGAGAUCCAGGCAAGUUGGAAAAAGCAAAUUAUAUUGAAACCUUUUGAUAUUGCUGGUAGGUUAUUGUCAUCUGGACUUUGGUCAGGCCCUAAUCAAAAUUUGAAUGAGAAACUUGAUUUGUAUUUCAAUGAUAUUGAUUUUGCUCCUUUGAUGAUACAGGAAAAUUAUCUAAACACAAAACCAAGACUUUCAGGGUCACAUAUCAAGCAUGUGGCACAAGCUGCUGAUGACAUAAGUUUGUCUGAUUCUAUUAAUUCCUUAAUUAGAUCCAGUGAGCAGCAAUGGAGCUUGUUGCCCUUCCAUGGGUUAAUGUCCACGGUGAAACCGUCGUUUGAAGUAGCGGGCCAAGUCACAGGCAGGUUAAAUUUCAGUGCUUGGUUGGGACAAAAUUCAAAGCAGAUGAAGUAUCAGAGAAUGCUACAAGAAUUGCAAUACCACACCCGAGUCAAGACUUCAACCACGAAACAAGAGUUGCGAUUGGAUUACUUGAACCCAUUAUGGGUCAAAUUGAACAUUCCGAUCAAGCAACAAGGAGAGGCGGGUAUAGACCAGACGAUCGAGACUAUGGACGCGUACUACUUGACGAAGGAGGACUAUGAUAAUAUCAGCGAUAUGCUCAACAAACCUAUCGACUUGGACAAGAAAGACAAGGCUGCUUUCACUCGUAAAUACAACAAUGCUAUUCAUCCAACGGUUAUUUACAAGACGGGAAAUUCGUUUGGAGCUGGCGCUAAAAGAGCAGCCCCGGCAAAAGUUGAUUAUGAAGAUGUGGUGGACGAUGAUAUGGAGGAUGUAGAAGACGACAACGAAGGGGAGGACAGCGAUAAGAUUGAUACCAAGAAGGACAAAUUGAUUAAACAAGUUGCCGUUGGAAAAGGUGGGGUUGCUAAAAGAUCGGCCAAGGGUCCUGCUAGAAAGAAGCAGAAAAAGUAG